CUGUUAAUAGAAGAACUAGAUGACCUGAUAAUGUUGUGUAAUCUCUCAGCAUUGGUCAUCAUAUUCCUGUUUAAGAGGCUUGGUAAUAGAAGCGGUCAGAAACCACAAAGGGAGGGUCGAAGCAGGUGAUAGGUAGGAGGAGGGCCAAUAAAACAAACCUGCAGAGGGGAUUCAGUUUUCCUGUUUUAGAGUUUUAACAGAGAGGACAUGAGGGAAUACGGCUGGAAAGGUUUCAAGGAUUUAAUUCUGAGGAAUCCUGCCGUCGUUGAUCAGGAUCCACAUGUAGAUCCUGGGGAUGAAAAUGCUGAGCGUGGAAACUGGUCAAGCAAGAGGGAUUACAUCCUCUCCAUGAUCGGCUAUGCUGUUGGACUGGGGAAUAUUUGGAGGUUUCCAUACCUGGCCUACAAGAAUGGCGGGGGAGCCUUUCUUAUCCCGUACUUCACAAUGCUAGUGGUGACUGGGAUUCCUCUGUUCUACCUUGAAAGCGCCUUUGGUCAGUUCUGCAGCCAGGGUCCGAUCAAUGUUUGGAGAGCGGUGCCGAUCCUGCAGGGUGUUGGCAUAGGGAUGGUGAUAGUGACCCUCAUAGUCUCCAUUUACUACAAUGUCAUCAUUGCCUACAGCCUGUACUACAUGUUUGCCUCCAUGCAGUCGGCUCUUCCCUGGUCCAGCUGCCCCAACAGGACGGACAACACCUGCAGUGACACACCUAUAGUACAUUGUAACAUUAGUGGUGUUUUGGUGGCCAACUGGACCCAAGAAAACAACACUUGUGAUUCAUCCAACAUAAUCACAACGGUGGUCCAGAGCCCAAGCGAAUACUACUGGGACAAUGUGGCUCUGCAGAGAUCCAGCGGCAUGGAUGAAACAGGACCGGUGGUUUGGCAUCUUGCUCUCUGUCUGCUGUUAAGCUCCAUCCUUGUAGCUGCAGCUCUGAUCAAAGGCAUCAAGUCAUCAGGAAAAGUUGUAUAUUUCACAGCUACGUUUCCUUAUGUGGUGAUUUUGAUCCUGCUGAUCAGAGGUGUGACACUAGAGGGCGCCAAAGAUGGGAUAGAGUUCUACAUUGGCAGCCAGUCCAAUCUCUCAAAGCUGUCUGAUGCUCAGGUGUGGAAAGACGCUGCAACCCAAACCUUCUACUCCCUCUCUAUCGGCUGGGGAGGACUCAUGACUCUGGCCUCCUAUAACAACUUCCACAACAAUGUGUUCAAAGACUCCUUUGUUGUGACACUAACUAAUGCUGGGACCAGUGUGUUUGCUGGCUUUGCAAUAUUCUCCAUACUGGGUCAUAUGGCUCACGUCUACAAAAUACCAGUGGAGGAACUGGUGAAGGAAGGAUUUGGUCUGGCCUUUAUUGCAUAUCCACAAGCUCUCUCAAAGAUUCCCGUUUCCCAACUCUGGUCCAUUUUGUUCUUCUUCAUGCUUCUGACUGUUGGUCUGGACUCUCAGUUUGCAGGAAUAGAGGUUUUAACCACCUGCCUGCUGGAUGCUUUCCCCAAAACCUUUAAAUCUAAGCGGGCCUUACUGACGAUAACGAUUUGUUCUGUCCUCUACCUUCUGGGCUUACCCUGCGUCACAAAAGCUGGAAUAUACUGGGUGACGCUCAUUGACCAGUUUGUGGCCAGCUGGGUGCUGCUAAUUCUGGUUCUCUUAGAGAUAAUCGGAAUCGCCUACAUAUACGGUGGGAACCGGUUUAUCAAAGACAUUGAGAUGAUGCUUGGAAAAAAAUCCUUCGGUUUCUGGCUGUGGUGGAGGGCAUGUUGGUUUUUCAUCAGCCCCUGCAUCAUACUGGAUCCUGCUGAGGGUGCAGAGCUGAUCGAGUGUUCCAAGGCCAGGACGAAAACCACACCAGUAGUGUUGUUACUGCACUUCUUCCCCCUCCAGAGAUGCCAGAUUGUGGACCAGAAUCACUUAGAAGCAAGCUGGUUCAAAAAAACUAAGCCCAACGGCCUCUCUCGACUCUACUCGCCCAUCGACACCAAUGAAGAACCUGCCCCAUCCUCCUGCUCACCUGCACCUUCGGAGCCCUCCACUGGGAGGUGA